AUGCACGCCGCCGUCGCCGGCUCUUGCCUCGACAUCUCGGCCGUCUCGCUCUCGCAGCCAAAGAACGAUUCGGUCGUUGUUGCCUACACCGCACGCCUCUCGCAUGCGGGGAGCUUCCCGGCCACCCUUCACGGCCUCCGCCUCGCCAUCGCCUUUCGCGGCAGCCACCUUGGCGACCUUGACGUCGGCGAUGUACAUGUCUCGGGCGGUGCUGCCGUCGUUGAGCGCACAGACACGCUGGUGCCCGACCCGGUCGUCUUCUCCGCCUUUGGCCAGGCGCUCGUCAACGACUCGGCGGUCGUGUGGCAAGUCGCCGGCACCCCGCGUGUCUGCGUUCUCGCCGGCCUCUACUGCCGCUCCAUCUCUCUGACUAAGGAUAUCACGCUGCCGGCCUUUGGUGGCCUUGCAGACGUUUCCAUGCUUGUCUUUGACAUGGACCAUUCCACGCCACACGCCGUCGUCCUCAACCUUGUCAUCAACAUCUACAACCCGUCGGUCGUCACGAUCGACCCGCUCGGCGACCUCUUCUUUGGCAUCUACUACCAGGAUGUGCUCAUGGGUCACGUUGUUGUUCGCAACGUUGUCCUCGUUGCCCACAGUUACAACCACGUCGCACUCUCCGGCGUUUUCAACCCGCAAGACACCGUGCUCGGCGCCGAGGUCAUCUCGGCCUACCUCCGCGGCGACAACGUCACCGUCUCAUCGCGCGCCGCCUCGACAGGCAUCGUCUGCUCGCAGCAUCUCUACAACGACGCCCUGCAUGGCCUCAGCAUCGACACGCUGCUCAUCGGUAACAAGACAGCACUCAUCGCCGGCUCAGCGUCGACGCCGCUGCCCUAA